GCGCGCGGAGCGGGCGGGGGGGCGAGGGACGGACACACGGACGGACGGACGGUGAGAGGAUGUGAAGAUGGCGGAGCUGCAGAUGCUGCUGGAGGAGGAGAUCCCGGGGGGGCGCCGGGCCCUGUUCGACAGCUACACGAACCUGGAGCGGGUGGCCGAGUACUGCGAGACCAACUACAUCCAGUCAGCAGAUAAACAGCGAGCCCUGGAAGAAACCAAAGCCUACACAACACAGUCGUUAGCAAGCGUAGCCUAUCUGAUCAACACUUUGGCCAACAAUGUUCUCCAAAUGCUGGAUAUCCAGGCAUCCCAGCUGCGGCGCAUGGAAUCUUCAAUCAACCAUAUUUCACAAACGGUGGACAUUCACAAAGAGAAAGUUGCUAGAAGAGAAAUUGGUAUCUUGACUACAAACAAAAACACCUCAAGAACUCACAAAAUCAUUGCACCAGCUAACUUGGAGCGACCAGUUCGCUACAUCAGGAAACCUAUUGAUUAUACAAUUCUAGAUGAUAUUGGACAUGGAGUGAAGUGGUUGCUUAGAUUUAAGGUCAGCACCCAGAAUAUGAAGAUGGGUGGGCUGCCUCGCACAACACCGCCCACCCAGAAACCACCAAGUCCACCAAUGUCAGGAAAAGGAACUAUUGGGCGGCACUCCCCGUACCGCACGCUGGAGCCGGUGCGGCCCCCGGUGGUGCCCAACGAUUACGUGCCCAGCCCGACGCGCACCAUGGCCCCGGCCCAGCAGAGCCCCGUCAGAACGGCCUCGGUCAACCAGCGCAACCGCACCUACAGCAGCAGUGGCAGUAGUGGAGGAAGCCACCCAAGUAGUCGGAGCAGCAGUCGAGAGAACAGUGGGAGUGGAAGUGUCGGUGUUCCCAUUGCUGUUCCCACACCAUCUCCUCCUAGUGUGUAUCCAGCCCCUGCUGGCUCAGCUGGCACUUCUCCCCUUCCUGCUACCUCUGCUCCUGCCCCCACUCCUCCUGCUCCUCCUGCCCCUUCCUCCACUGCCCCAGAUGCUGCUGCUGCUGCUGCAGGAGCUCAGCCCCUUGCUGAUGGCUUCACCUCUCCAACUCCCCCUGCUGUUUCUUCCACACCCUCUGCAGGUCACCCAGUUCAGUUCUACAGCAUGAACAGGCCUGCAGCUCGGCACACGCCCCCAACCAUCGGGGGCUCUUUGCCGUAUCGGCGGCCUCCUUCCAUCACAUCACAGACCAGCCUUCAGAACCAGAUGAAUGGGGGCCCCUUCUACAACCAGAACCCAGCAUCCCUUGCUCCUCCUCCCCCCUCCAUCCUACAGGUAACUCCACAGUUACCACUAAUGGGAUUUGUGGCCAGAGUUCAAGAAAACAUUUCAGAUACUCCUCCCCCUCCACCGCCUGUGGAUGAGGCAGUGUUUGAUGAGUCUCCACCUCCACCCCCACCUCCAGAGGAUUAUGAGGAGGAGGAAGCAGCUGUGGUGGAGUACAGCGAUCCCUAUGCUGAGGAGGACCCUCCCUGGGCACCAAGGACAUACUUAGAAAAGGUGGUGGCAAUCUAUGACUACACCAAGGACAAGGAAGAUGAGCUCUCAUUUCAGGAAGGUGCCAUCAUUUACGUCAUCAAGAAAAAUGAUGAUGGCUGGUAUGAGGGGGUCAUGAACGGAGUGACGGGGCUGUUCCCGGGGAACUAUGUGGAGUCGAUCAUGCAUUACUCAGAGUGAAGACAGAGGACAAAACACUGCAUCUCCUGCUGCAGGAGCUGUCAGGGCUUCCCAGAUCUCCACCAGCCUCUGCGGCCCCAUCCAGUAUAACUGAAUGAAGGAUAAUUGUAACAACCACUCUUUUGGGUUUGGUUUGGUUUUUCUUUUUCUUUUCUCCCUCAUGAUAAGACAAUAGUGAUUUGAGUUGUUUGAACAAAUGGCUCUUCAUCUGCCAGCAGAGGCUAUCCUGAGCUAUCUGACUUUGAAUUAAGCUGACCCAUUCAGAUGUAACAAACUUGUUGAUUAGGUCAUACUUCACUCGAAUUCUGACUUCUGACAGGUCUUGGGAUCUGUCUCAGGAAUCCUGUGUGCCCUCACGGUACUACUGUUGGAAACAGUUCCUGGCAUUGGGAAUGUCCUGGAUGCUUGCGGUGAAGGUUACUGGCCAGUGGACAUCCCUCCUGUUUCUACACUACACUCCUGUGCAGCUGGAAGAACAGUUGUGCUAGCAAACACUGGGAUUUCUACACAGAGAUGUCCCUAUAACUGACUUCUAGAUAGCUGGAUGCAUCUUUAGCUUAAACACUUCUGCAGCCGCUCUGCACGUGUAGGCUGACACAGGGCACACAGAGCCAGCUUUCAUUCACUCACCUUUCAGUUUAGACAAUUCAGAUGGCUGCAGCCCAGAGGACCCUUAUUUCUCAUCUUCUGAAUGCCACAUAUUUGUUUUGUGUUCUGCACUGAUGUAACUGUGCUCCUCUCCACAGUGAGCUCCUUGCCACGGUUGCUGCCAGUUCAAACAGAACUCACAGAUGCCGUUGAUGGUGAAGGCGAAACAAAGUUUACAGGUCCUCCUGGGGUCUGAGGAUUAACUCUAGGGGGUGUGAUCUAAGGUUCAAAUCCACUCAUGCCUGCUUGCACUAGAGAAACUUGCCCCCAACUUUAGUUUUAUGCACAAUAUAAUCUUAAAAAUCCAAUCAGGUAUUGUAAAUUGGCUAUUUUGUACUUGAUGACUAGAUUUGCAUAUGUACUGUGAGAGCCCUGUGCAGAGGCAGGACAAACGGCAAUUGUUGUCUUCAUGUCUGUUGCCAAAAUGUCUUCAGAGGAAGCAAAAAGGGCUGUUGUGUGUACUGGUUUCCCAUGGAAAUCCAAGCAGUAACUAGUAGUAGUCCUAGCUCUUUCCCUAGCCCUCUCCAUUGUUUAUUAUAAUAGAUAUUUUGAGCUGUACUGGUGGCUUGGGGUGGAGUAAUACCAAGUGAAGGCUCUGUAGCCCCUUGUGAUGAUACUUGGCUUUCUAAUCUAGUCUCAGUUAAAAAUUCUGCUCAGUGAUUGUACACAGCAGAUCACUGUAAGUGAUGGUUGUACUCAUCUGCCCUUAGGAACAUCUGAAUGUUACCUUUGGGCAGAUAUCAUGCAUUAACUAAUUAAAUUUCCUGUUGAGUCUUGUUAGCGUGCAAAUUGAGCUGAUCUUGAUUGCAAGAGCCUCCUGGGCAAUGGCAUCUUCCUGGGCAGCUUUAGACUGUCACCUGGCCAAGUUCUAGCUGGCACCAAGGGUAGCUUGUGCAAGGUGAGACAGUGCUGCAGCUGGAGAGACCGGUGUUAGAACAGAGCAGUGCACAGAACGCGGGGCUGGCUGUGUGGUGGCACUGGCACCAGUACAGGUAACUGACCCAGCCCCUUGCUUGGUAGUUAGUGCAGUACCAGCACAGAGGUGCCAGCCUGGGCAGGGAGGUGCCAUAGCUGCUCAGAGGGGGAGAAUGGAGAAACAAAUAGGUGUGUUUGUAGGCCAUGGAGGAAUGUGAUCACCUGCUGUAAGCUUGUGGAACUCCUGUGACAGCGCACAAGAAACUGGUUUGGUUAAAGUCUGCAGGAAGGACAACUUUGACUAAACUUGUGUGCAGGUAGAAGUUGCUUUCUCCCUUGCUAAUCCACAUGUUGUCUUCUUUCUGGAAGCUGACAACAUUGUUUGGGAUGAGUGCCAGAACAGAUACCCUUUAAGCCUUUUACUGUCUAAAAAGCUUUCUUGCAGCAAGACUAAGAGAAGCAGCCAUAUUCAGUUCCCUCAGCCCAUUAUUUCUGUGGAAGCAAGUCCAGAACCACUGGUUGUACAGUCACUGGAGUAACUGUUUCUAGUGUCAUUGGGCAGGUCUAAGCUUUUGGCUCAGGAAGAUGGUGCUUGUAGCAAAGGUGAUUGAACAGCAGCAUUCACAAGCAUUUGGUACUUACAGGACGGCUGUGUUUGCCAGGAAUAUCAGAGCUUUCCUGGCUUCUCCUGCCUUGGAUAUGUUUGUGGCAUUGUUAGGGCAGCUUAAUGAGCUCCUAAGUGAGAGCUGAACCAAGCUGCAGCUGGUAGAUCACACUUUAGUGGAACAUGUCUUAACCCAGUCUGAGCAAGGCUUGUGCUUGAACACUUCUGGCAGGUGGGUGGGCUGGUGUGUACUCCCACUGUGUGUGAUACUUAAUCUUCAAUCAGCUGGUUUGUCGUCUUACAAGUUUUUUGUGUUGUGAGACCAGAGAACGCAGUGUGAGAUGAUCACGUGCCACAGCCCAGCACAGAAGAUGAGGCUGCAAAACCCUGAAAGUGUGUGACAGCUCCUGAAGAACUGGCUUUGGUCUGAUGUGCCAGGGGUUAGUUUGGUCUCUGCUGAUAGUACAUGGAAUUGUUUAUCCUGCAAGAACUGCUGUGGAUGGAAUUUCUGGGUCACCUCCUGCUGGUUUUAUGCUUUAUUAUGCAGUACUAAUAUGUAAAGCAAUUUGUUGAGUUUUAUGCAUAUUUUUAUUUUGUACAGAUUUUAAUUCUGUUGCUUGUUUGGGGAUGAUGUGAUGUAAUGGUCAUAGACCAGGCCAAGGUAAACAGGCUUUGUAUAUUAAUGUUACAUAGAUUGCAUGCUAGUAAAGUCAGUGAGGGUUGUGUUUCCAGUUUUGUCCCUUGUACUUCUCCUUGUCCAAAACCUUCUCUUCCCCACCCCCUUUUUAAUUUACAGGUUUGGUUUAAAAGGGGGUGGCAGAUGGGGGGUGGGGGAGAAACACCUCCGUAUUUUAAAUAAGCUGCACAACAUCUCUUCACUGCUGAGUUUUGCUGCCACAGCUCAUGGUGUUCUGCAUCACAGGCUGUUGAAGCGGGAGUGUGUAUGCAUAAGAGGUGGGGGAAGGAGACACUCCAGCAUAGCCCAAAGAGUGCUGAAUGGCCAAAAUGUUUAUGUUUCUCCCUUUGUGAGAACUGCCUUAGCCCAGCCAGCUGUUUUCAUUGUGCACAGAAAUUGUUCAGCAUCCUCUAGCGGUGUAUUUUGCCUUGGUUUGCUGUGUAGCAAAGGUUUCUUCCUUUCUCUUGGUGCCAGGGACAAAGCUAUUAACUACAGCUGCCCCUCUGUCACAUGUCCGCGUGAGAGGAGCUCUGACUGAGUCUGUCCACAUCUAGUGCUGAAGCAGGGUCAUUUUGGUGUCUUCAUUCCAGCCAAGGAGAGAUAGCUGAGGUUGCAUGUGUCUCACCCAUUCUUUCUCCUCCUUUUCCUCUUACCCCCAGCUGUUGCAGCAGAGGGCUGAGAGGGGCAGGAGAGGCAAUCAGCAACUUCUGUGUCUGAGGGUGUGUCCAUGUGCACUGGGCACCAGGGAGCUGAAGCAGUGCUGGAUCACUCACUGGUGUGACCGGUUAGACACAGACAGACUGAGGCACUGAAGAGCCACUGCUCUCACUAGAGGACAAGCUGUGGCUUGGCCCUGAGGCAGAUGACAGAACUUGUGUUACCAGGAGGUUGACCAUGUUCCUGGAAUUCAGCUUGUCCUUGCAGAUAGUUGAGUUGGAUGUCAUGAAAGUGUCUGGAGAUGUCUGCUGGUGUGAAGCACAGGACCUGUGGUGUGUGUCUGGGUGGCUUACUUGUGGGUGCCAGAAAGGCUUAGACCCAGCUAGUUCUUGCUAGAGCAGUUUAUUCUUUCACAGCUGCUGGGCAUUUUCUUUUUUUGCUGCUGAGGGUUCUUGGUGACAGCCAAAGUUGACAGUGGCAGUAACUGCAGCUUCUGAAAAGUGCCACUUUUACCUGGGAUGUAUCAGUUGAUCAUGAAAAACAAGCAAGGAAGUAUCAGGACUGAGGAGCCUUUUCCAGCAGUGGCUGUGUGGGCUGCCUGCCUGCUGUGAAUGUGCACAUUGUUGACUAGAGGUGGAAGAGGACUGUGUACUGACAAUGUUGCACUUCUGUGGUGUCUCCCACCUGUGCUUGAUUGUGACUUAAUGCUGUGCUCUUCCUAGCAACUUCUACCGCUCCUGGCAGAUGCUGUGGAUGCGCCUCUGCUGGAAAUGAGCUUGCUUUUUCAUUAGUUACAUCUCUGGGCUCCAUGCAUAGAGCAAAACUUCCAUGUUUUCCUUUCUGGAAAAGAUGGAACUUUAUGUGGUUUAGUAAACUGGGAGCAUUUAUAGAGCUUCUCCUCCCAGAGGUGUAACAGGACAUUUUGUAAAACAGGUGACACUGUAUUCUCUGCAGGCCUGUUUCAGAAGCUGCUGUUGAAAAGACCAUAGUGCUGUGGCUUUACUAGGAGUAGUAGUUGCAUUCAGGAUAGUCUUGAUCCAGAGUAUUGGGAGUCACUGGUGAAGCACUGCAGCAUUGCAGGCAGCAUUACAAACCCAUGCAGAGACUUCAGUACCUAUGUUGGCAACUGUGGCAGUAGAAUACAUACAGCACUGUUGCAUUCACUAAGGCAGGUAUUUACAACACGAACCUCUAGGGAAGGUGUUUGUGAAAACUGAGCACCAGCAGGAUCAUGGGCUACAGAUUCUGGGGUGCCAGUUACAAGAAUUUACUGUACUUAGAGUAUUCACCUUCCCCAGCUUCUGGCAUCUCCCAGUAUUUGGCACAGCUGCAUUUUGUAGAUAAAAUGGUUAUUACACAGAGGUCAGAACAGUACAAGAAGGGAACAAUGUGUGGUUUGUUUUGGAGAUUUUCUCCUGCAGUAGCUGAAGUCAAUGUGUAGUAACAGCCCUAUUAACCUACUUCUGAUGUUCAGACUUCAAGCAUAGUGGGACCCCCCACCUCAUGUCCAUGGGGACAUGCUGAAAGCUUAGUGCAGCCAAGGUUUGACAACUGCUGUUAAGAGUAAUUCACAGAUCAUGGUGUUCUGCUACUUUAAUUUGAAAAAAACCCACCCAUGUGUUUUGUAUAAUCUCCAGCCCAUGAUGGAAGAGGUUUGGGGCUUUUUUUUGUACUCUAAAUAUACUAAUUUUAUUAGCACCUGUGCUUAUUACAAGACAGUAAUGGCAGCAGCAACCUGCUGUCCAGAGGUAAGCCUACACCAAGGAAGCUGCUGAAUUCUGACAUGGGGACCCUGCUGAAAUGGGUGCAGUACAUUUGUUCCAGUUUCAUUUUACACCUCCGAAGAAUCCUACCACUAUUGACUAAUAGGAAGAGCUAUGUACGAAUUUAUUUCCAUUACAGCGCCUCGGUAAGUGCUGACAUGUCCGAGAUUUUUUUGUAAACAACAAGUGCUUCUUUUCACAUUUGAAAAAGUGUCUUUUGCAACUUGCAUGGACAAGUAGUUUCUAUGAAUUCUCUGGAGAUGUCAGUGUCUAACAUGGAUUUUGUCCAUGCACUUUUUUCUGAAAGCAGAUACCCCCACUUUGGUUUGCAGUUGGAGCAGCACUCUGUGCUUUUGCUUUUGGCACUGCUGAUGCAGUGGAUGGAUGCAGAGCCCACUGUAAAUGACCAAGCCCGCAGGACUCUGGGGAGCUGUAUGCCGCCAGUAAUGUUUUAGUGUGUGUGCCAUUUGAACCACCUUCCAGUGAGUGCAAAACCCAAUUUUUAAAUUUUUUUAAUUGUACUUGGAAUUAACUGUUGCUGUGUACUAAACCCUCUUGUUAUGAGCCCUAAAUAAAAGAACAAAGCACA